AUGACCGACAGAUCAACCAGUUCAUAUUUUAAUUAUUUAACUAAAGAGCAGAUGAAUGAUAACAAUAAUAGCAAAGAUCCAUAUGGCCUUUUAAGUAUUUCCGACAGUAAUGAUGAAUGUAAACUAAUAAAAAACCGAAAUGAAUGUUUACCGCAAAUACUAUUACGUUUUUUACAACUUACAUUUCUACCACCGCAAAUGUUAACUACGGCAGAAGAACGUUUGUAUUACGGCUUAAGAAACACGUACUAUGGCCAAUAUAUUCCAAUCAGAGGGGAUAAUUUUAUUUGGACAGUGACUGGUAACAGUAAUGACAACCUCAAUACUGUACCGGUUGUCUUUAUUCAUGAUUUUGGUUGUGCCAGUGGUAUUUGGGUUCAGAAUAUGGAUUUCUUCAGUUCUCAACACCCCUUUUAUAUGUUCGAUAUUCUUGGUUGUGGUCGUUCUUCACGUCCAUCCUUCGAUGGUCUAAAACACAUUGAAGCUGAGACAAAAUUUGUCGAAGCAAUUGAAGAUUGGCGAGGUGAACUAAAUCUGAACUCAUUUUAUCUUAUUGGACAUGGAUUUGGAGCUUUUUUAUCAACGUUAUACACAAUAAAAUACGGUCAAUAUAUAAAAAAAUUGAUAUUAUUAGAUCCCUGGGGGUUUAAUCCAAAACCCGAAGAAACCCAGUUAGAUUUAAAGACCCCAUGGUGGAUCAAAUUACUUGCUUUCAUGACACAAACGUGGACACCAUUUUCAGCAUUUAGAUUUUUAGGACCAUUAGGUUUACCCUUGCUCAAACUGCUCGCACCACGUUGGAAACGUUUAGCACCUGUAUCGAAUUCUGAAGAUAAAGCAGAAGAACUGUACGAAUAUCUUUUCCAUUGCAACGUACAACCAUCGAGUGGUGAUGUUGGCUUUCAGGCUAUGGCUGAUUGGUAUGGAUGGGCUAAAGCUCCAAUACUCACGCCUAACAAUUCAAGAAUAGAUGAUAUGUCAGCUGAUAUACCCAUUUUCUUUAUUUAUGGUUCGAGAACUUGGGUUGACAACACUUCAGCACACCAGAUUUUAAAACAACGAAAGAACACAUCUGUUAGAAUGGCGAACGGAAAUAGUUCUACUGAUGUUUAUCCAAACGAAAUGCCACCAGAAGAGUUCGUAUCAAACUAUUUUGAUCAAGCUAUUUCAGCCUCCACACACAAUGAUCAAAAUCCAGAGUUAGAUGAAAUUCCUUCAACAACAAAAAUAGAUCAGAAUGUUCCUGACAGUGGCCGAUUUCGUUCAUUGACAUCCUUCACAUCUUGUCUAUCUUGGAAUAAAACUUCACCACAAUUACUCGAACGUGCGGAGAGGAGAAUAUUUGACACUUUAAAAUCACAAUUUAAUGGCCGUUCGGUACCCAUAAUGAAUAAUAGUGAUACAAUAUGGACUGUCUAUCAUAAUCAAGCUAAGAACAUUCCAAUUGUCUUGAUACAUGGUUUCGGUGGCGGUUUGGGAUUAUGGGCAUUGAAUUUAGAUCAGUUAUGUGAACAACGUCCAGUUUAUUGUAUAGAUUUGCCAGGUUUUGGUCGGUCGAGUAGACCGGUAUUUAGUUUAGAUGCAAAAGAAGCAGAGCAACAAUUUGUUGAUAUGAUUGAAGAUUGGAGAAACCAAAUGGAUUUGAAUGAGUUUAUAUUAUUGGGACAUAGUUUUGGAGGAUAUUUAGCAGCAGCUUAUACUUUGCGACAUCCUCAAUUUAUCAAACAAUUGAUUUUAGUAGAUCCUUGGGGUAUGCCAAGAAAACCAGAUAAUUUGUGGGAAAAUCAUUUUAAAAAAAAACCUUAUUGGUUUCGACCUAUGUCCUCCAUUGUGAUGAAAUUUUCACCAUUAGCCGUUCUAAGAGCUGCGGGACCGUUGGGUAUUCGAGUUAUGAAAUAUUUCCGACCAGAUUUACGCGCUAAAUUUGAAAAAUUAUUUGAUGAUGAUAGAAUUUUUGAAUAUCUCUAUCAUUGUAAUGCUCAAACACCGCCUACUGGAGAAGCAGCGUUUAAAACUAGUAAGUUAUUCAUUUAUCAUUCAUUUGUUUUAGCAGAUUUUUUGGGGUGGGCCAAGGAGCCAAUGAUUGAGCGUAUUCAUCUGAUUGAUGAACAUGUUCCAAUCCAUUUUCUUCACGGGGAUCACUCAUGGAUUUCUAAUGAAUCAUCUGCAAUUGCUAAGAUGAACAGACCAAAUUCAUUAGUGACGAUAGACAUAGUUCAAAAGUCCGGUCAUCAUGUUUAUGCUGACAAUCCUGAACAGUUUGAGCAGUAUCUACAAAAAACGUUAUUAAAUAUGUGA